AUGGUUCUCGAUACUCUUCUCCCGGCCGUCCAAGCCGGCGUCGCAGAAGUCGAUUCCGCUGCCGUCACGGCAAGUUGGUCAUUCGUGCGCAGUUUUGGGAAUAUAUGGGGCGUGGCAAUUCCAAGUGCAGUUCUUAAUAUAUAUAGUACUCGUUAUGCUGACGAAAUUAUUACUGAUCCCACGGCGAUAUUAGCGCUGCAAAAUGGAAAUGUGUAUUCGAGUGCGACGCGCGAGUUUAUAGAAUCGUUUUCUGAGCCGACGAGGAGUCAGAUUAUUGGUGUUUUUACAAAGGCGCUAAGUAAAGUUUUCUUGGUUGGAAUGGUAUUUCCGAUUUUGGCGUUUCUUUUGUCGUUUUGGGAGAGAGAGGUGAAGUUGAGGAAGGUUUUGGAGACGGAGUUUGGACUUGAGGGGAGGGUGGAGGGGAAACGGGAUGGGAAGUAA